AUGGGUUGGUUGCAUGGGUUAUGGCGUACAGGAAGGCACUAGAGGCGGACCCAGGGUGCAAAGAAGCCCAAGAGCAGCUGGCCGUGGAGGGGAUUGCCAAGUACUACGAGGCCAUUGCCGCAGACCAGAGAUACGCGCCCGCCUACUACAACCUGGGAGUGGUCUACUCGGAGAUGGGGCAGUAUGAAGCAGCCCUGCAGUUCUAUGACAAGGCCGUGGCCUUGAGGCCGCUGUAUGCAGAGGCGCAUUGCAACAUGGGGGUAAUAUACAAGAACUGCGGGGAUCUGCACUCUGCCAUUGCGUGCUACGAACGGUGUCUAGCUGUGGCUCCCAACUUCACCAUUGCGCGCAACAACAUGGCCAUUGCGCUCACGGACCUGGGCACCAAGGUGAAACUGGAGGGAGACAUCUCAGCAGGCGUGGCACACUACAAGCACAGUGAAGCUAGAGGGAGACAUCUCGGCAGGCGUGGCGCACUACAAGCGCGCACUGCUGUUCAACUCGCACUAUGCCGAUGCCAUGUACAACCUGGGGUGGCGUAUGGGGAGAUGCUCAAGUUUGACAUGGCGGUGGUGAUGUAUGAACUAGCUCUUCACUUCAACCCGCAGUGCGCCGAGGCGUGCAACAACCUGGGCGUGAUCUACAAGGACAGGGACAACCUCGACAAGGCGGUGGAGUGCUACCAGAAGGCGCUCCGCAUCAAGCCCAGCUUCUCGCAGUCGCUCAACAAUUUGGGAGUGGUGUACACUGUGCAGGGCAAGAUGGACCUAGCGCUCAACAUGAUUCAGGCUGCCAUUCUCGCAACCCUGCAUAUGCCGAGGCGCGUGCUGCACAGAGACGCGGGCAACAUCCCAGCAGCCAUAGAGGCCUACCAGCAGUGCCUUGCCAUCGACCCCGACUCGAGAAAUGCCGGGCAGAACCGUCUGCUGGCUAUGAAUUACAUUCACGAGGGGCUGGAUGACUCUCUGUUCGUGCUCACCG